AUGCAGUGGAACUCGAGCGAUAUCGACCAGAGGAGCGGUAAGCGCACAUCGACCGGCAAGAGGAAGCCUCCUGAUCAAGGAGAGCCAACGCAGCCGCAGUCGCAAAGGACCAUCUCUGAGCUCCUCUCAAACAACUCGCACGACCAUUCCCAAUCACGCCCUCCGUCGUCUAAGCGCUCCCGUUUCUCCGUCUCCCCCGCACGCUCGACUUCAUCGCAUCCGGUUUCGCCGAACAAGAUGUACAACUUCGCCGGUUCCCCGCCCAAGAACAGCGCGGCCUUUCUUCGAGCCAACGCGAGCUCAAACGGGGCGCCAUCCGUUAAACCACAUGCGAUUCCUCCGAACAAUCGUCAGACUACCUUCAGUCCUCAUGGAGGUGCCAAGAAGCUGGUCGUUAAGAACCUCCGCACCGGGCCUCGGGCGAGCCAUGAGCCUUAUUUCGAGAAGACAUGGACCCAGCUCAACGCAGCUUUGACGGCAAUCUUUGAGGGCAGGAAGCCGGAGGUAUCUCUGGAGGAGCUUUACAAGGGCGCCGAGAACAUCUGCCGACACGAGCGGGCGGCCUUGCUAGCCAAGAAGGUGGUUGACCGAUGCAAAGAAUAUGUGUCUGGCACACUACGUGAAAAUCUUGUGAAAGGAGCGGGUGGCGGAACGGAUGUUGAUACACUGCGCGCAGUGAUCGAGGCAUGGUCAACUUGGCAUUCGAGACUCAUCACGGUACGAUGGAUCUUCUACUAUCUUGAUCAAUCAUUCCUUCUACAUUCCAAAGACUUUCCGGUUAUCCAAGAAAUGGGUCACAUCCUAUUCUACACUCACAUCUUUGCCGAUCCGAGUCUAAAACCUAGGAUCACGCAAGGUGCUUGCAAUCUUAUCGCAGCUGACCGAGGCGCCGAAACUGCCGUUGUCGCUGAUUCCACUCUUCUUCGGGAUGGAAUCAACUUGUUUCACAGUCUGGAUGUUUACAACAGCGAAUUCGAGCCAUUGUUCAUCGCUAAAACACAGAAAUUUGUCUCUUCAUGGGCUGAACGAGAAUCACGAUCGUAUCUAGCUUCAUAUGUCGAUAACAGUCACCACUUGAUCGAACGUGAAGUGGAGCGAUGCAAUCUGUUUUCUCUCAACCGGAGCACCAAACAGAAGCUGUCUGAUUUACUCGACGAGAUUCUGGUUCUCGAACACGAGGAUGUUCUGCUCGAUCGAACGGAAAUUCUUGGUCUGUUGAGAUCGAAAAACAGCAGAGCUUUGAAACAGUUGUACGACCUUCUGUAUCGACGAGAUCUUAGUGCCAAGCUUAGUGCGGCUUUUGGUGUAUUCAUCGUUGAAGAAGGAUCCAGCAUCGUCUUCGAUGAAGGAAAGGAGGCGGAGAUGGUCAGUCGGUUGUUGGAGUUUAAACGCCAGCUAGACGAGACCUGGGCCAACUCCUUCGAUCAGAACAGUGAACUCCUGGAUACACUUCGUCAAUGCUUCGGAAAGUUUAUGAACCUGGGGAAGAAGAGUGACGCCACGGGCGGCACCGACAAUCCAAAGACGGGCGAGAUGAUCGCAAAACAUGUCGACCGUUUACUCAAGGGUGGAUGGAAAAUGCCAUCCAGUCAACAAGGCGCGACGAUGGCUGACGAAGAUGCCGAGGUCGACCGACAGCUUGACCAGGCCUUGGAUCUGUUCCGAUUCGUACAAGGAAAGGCCGUCUUCGAGGCGUUUUACAAAAAUGACCUCGCCCGACGCCUUUUGAUGGGCCGAAGUGCCAGUAACGAGGCCGAGAAGAGUAUGCUCAUUCGGUUGAAGAAAGAGUGCGGACCCAACUUCACACACAACCUUGAGUCCAUGUUCAAAGACAUGGAAGUGGCGCGUGACGAGAUGAACGCAUACAAGAACCUUCAGCGAGAGCGUAGCCGCAAAGAUCGUGCCCCAGUGGAUCUCGACGUUAAUGUACUCUCCGCUGCAUCGUGGCCUUCAUACCCCGACGUCCCGGUCCGGAUUCCGCCGAGCGUGGCCGCGUCGAUCGGCGACUUUGAAACAUUCUACUACAGCAAGCACACAGGCCGUAAGCUCAACUGGAAGCAUCAGUUGGCGCACUGUCAGCUGCGAGCUCAUUUCCCUAAGGGAGCCAAGGAGUUGGUGGUCAGUUCAUUCCAAGCCACUGUGCUGGUUCUGUUCAACGACCUGUCUGAUGGUGAAACUUUGGGAUAUGCGGCAAUCCAGGAAGCCACAGGACUUUCGGACCCCGAGUUGCAGCGAACGCUGCAGUCCCUGGCCUGCGCCAAGUACCGCGUUCUUUCGAAAUCCCCCAAGGGCAAGGAUGUGAACAAGACAGAUACCUUCUCAUACAAUGCGGAAUUCACCGAUGUCAAGAUGCGUAUCAAGAUCAAUCAAAUCCAGCUGAAGGAGACCAAGGAAGAGAACAAGUCGACACACGAGCGGGUGGCAGCCGACCGACAAUUCGAAUCGCAGGCGGCCAUUGUGCGAAUCAUGAAGAGCCGCAAGACAAUCAAGCAUCAGGAACUGAUCGUCGAGGUGACGGAGGCUACGCGCAGCCGAGGCAUGCUGCAGCCCGCAGAGAUCAAAGCCAAUAUCGAAAAAUUGAUCGAGAAGGACUACAUGGAACGCGGCGACAACAAUACGUACAACUAUGUCGCAUAA